CAUUUGAUACGUAGCAGCGGGAAACUAAUCCUUCUUGACAAGCUACUGAUACGUCUGCGAGAACGGGGCAACAGAGUUCUGAUUUUCUCACAGAUGGUGAGGAUGCUGGACAUCCUAGCAGAAUAUCUGAAGUAUCGUCAGUUUCCCUUUCAAAGACUUGACGGAUCAAUAAAAGGGGAAUUGAGGAAGCAAGCACUGGAUCAUUUUAAUGCAGAAGGUUCAGAGGAUUUCUGCUUUUUACUGUCUACCAGAGCUGGAGGAUUAGGUAUCAACUUGGCAUCUGCCGACACUGUAGUUAUAUUUGAUUCUGACUGGAAUCCACAGAACGAUCUGCAAGCACAGGCUAGAGCACAUAGGAUUGGACAAAAGAAACAGGUUAAUAUUUAUCGGCUAGUCACAAAGGGAUCAGUAGAAGAAGAUAUUCUUGAAAGAGCCAAGAAAAAGAUGGUGUUAGAUCAUCUAGUAAUUCAGAGAAUGGACACUACAGGGAAAACUGUACUACAUACAGGCUCUACUCCUUCAAGCUCAACACCUUUUAAUAAAGAGGAGUUAUCCGCGAUUUUGAAGUUUGGUGCUGAGGAACUUUUUAAAGAACCUGAAGGGGAAGAACAGGAGCCCCAGGAAAUGGAUAUAGAUGAAAUUUUGAAGAGGGCCGAAACUCGGGAAAAUGAGCCAGGUCCAUUAACAGUGGGAGAUGAAUUGCUUUCACAGUUCAAGGUGGCCAACUUUUCCAACAUGGAUGAAGAUGAUAUUGAGUUGGAACCAGAAAGAAAUUCAAGAAAUUGGGAAGAAAUCAUUCCAGAAGUCCAGCGGCGAAGAAUAGAAGAGGAAGAAAGACAAAAAGAACUUGAAGAAAUAUACAUGCUCCCAAGGAUGAGAAACUGCGCAAAACAGAUCAGCUUUAAUGGAAGUGAAGGGAGGCGGAGUAGGAGUAGAAGAUACUCUGGAUCUGAUAGUGACUCCAUCUCAGAAAGGAAACGACCAAAAAAGCGUGGAAGACCACGAACUAUUCCUCGAGAAAAUAUUAAAGGAUUUAGUGAUGCAGAGAUCAGGCGGUUUAUCAAGAGUUACAAGAAAUUUGGUGGCCCCCUCGAAAGGUUAGAUGCUGUAGCUAGAGAUGCUGAGCUAGUUGAUAAAUCAGAGAUAGAUCUUCGACGUUUGGGAGAGCUUGUACAUAAUGGAUGCAUUAAAGCUUUAAAGGACAAUUCAUCUGGACAAGAAAGAGCAGGAGGAAGACUUGGGAAAGUUAAAGGCCCGACAUUCCGAAUCUCAGGAGUGCAAGUGAAUGCAAAGCUGGUUAUCUCUCAUGAAGAAGAGUUGGCACCAUUGCACAAAUCCAUUCCUUCAGAUCCAGAAGAAAGAAAAAGAUACGUCAUCCCAUGCCACACCAAGGCUGCUCAUUUUGAUAUCGAUUGGGGUAAGGAAGAUGAUUCCAAUCUGUUGAUAGGCAUCUAUGAGUAUGGUUAUGGCAGCUGGGAAAUGAUAAAAAUGGAUCCUGAUCUUAGUUUGACACAGAAGAUUUUACCUGAUGAUCCAGAUAAGAAACCGCAGGCGAAGCAGUUACAGACCCGAGCAGACUACCUCAUUAAGUUACUUAACAAAGACCUUGCAAGAAAGGAAGCACAAAGGCUUGCUGGUGCAGGCAAUUCAAAGAGAAGGAAAACAAGAACUAAGAAGAAUAAGGUGAUGAAGGCUGCAAAAAUUAAAGAAGAAAUAAAAAGUGAUUCAUCACCACAACCCUCAGAAAAAUCUGAUGAAGAUGAUGAUGAGGAUAACAAGGAUGAGAUUGUUUCAGUGAAACAUCCACAUAAAAAAAUUAAAGCAGAAAAAGAAAAUGAAGAAAAGCCUGAGCCAGAUAUUGGUAUAAAGAAGGAAGCUGAAGAAAAAAGAGAGACAAAAGAAAAGGAAAAUAAGAGGGAUUUGAAAAGGGAGAAAAAAGAAAAAGAGGAUAAAAAAGAAUUAAAAGAAAAAGAUAUUAAAGAAAAGAGAGAAAACAAAGUAAAAGAAUCUACUCAGAAAGAAAAAGAAGUAAAGGAAGAGAAGGUAAAUGAAGUAAAGUCUGAAAAUAAAGAAAAACCUAAAAAAACGCCAUUGUUGGAUACUCCAGUUCAUAUUACUGCAACUAGUGAACCAGUUCCAAUAUCAGAAGAAUCUGAAGAACUAGAUCAGAAAACAUUUAGUGUGUGCAAAGAAAGAAUGAGGCCUGUCAAAGCAGCAUUGAAACAGCUGGAUAGACCAGAGAAGGGCCUUUCCGAAAGAGAGCAGCUGGAACAUACUAGGCAGUGUCUAAUCAAAAUUGGGGAUCACAUUACUGAAUGUCUAAAGGAGUACACAAAUCCUGAACAAAUUAAACAGUGGAGAAAAAAUUUGUGGAUUUUUGUCUCUAAGUUUACAGAAUUUGAUGCCAGAAAGCUGCACAAACUGUAUAAACAUGCAAUCAAAAAACGUCAGGAGUCUCAG